GGCGCCGUCCCCGCCCUCUGGCACCUGUUGCUCGACAGUUCACUGGGGCUGGGGGGCAGCCGAAGGCUUCGGACCCGGGUUCAACCCUGUCGCCCUAGGCGCGUCGAAGCGAGACCGUCUGGGGUGCCAGGCGGCUGGGCGAGGUCGGUCCCGCGCUCCGAAAGCGCUGGGGGGAGCGGCGGGUAAUGGCCUGCGGCGGUGAGUCACUGCCACGGCCCCACCUGCGUACUUAACCGCCGCCGGGCGGCCGGCGCCGUAUUCGUGGGCUGUGCUGCUGCCGUGGCCGGGAGCGGCUUCUUCCUCCUCCUCGUUGCUCUCCUCACAGGGUGCUACGCUGAGGCGAGGCAGACGCUGCAUGAACAUUUGUUUUGGGAGUAAGAGAAGCACCAGCAGUCCUCAAAAUGCCGAAGCCGAUCAAUGUUCGAGUUGUUACUAUGGAUGCAGAGCUGGAGUUUGCCAUCCAGCCAAAUACUACAGGCAAACAGCUGUUUGACCAGGUGGUUAAAACCAUAGGUUUGAGAGAAGUGUGGUACUUUGGUCUUCAGUAUGUGGACAACAAAGGAUUCCAGACUUGGCUGAAGCUUGAUAAAAAGGUUUCUGCUCAGGAAAUCAGAAAGGAGAAUCCCCUCCAGUUCAAGUUCCGUGCCAAGUUCUUCCCAGAGGAUGUGUCUGAAGAGCUGAUCCAGGACAUUACGCAGAAGCUCUUCUUCCUGCAGGUGAAGGAAGGAAUCCUCAGUGAUGAGAUCUACUGUCCUCCUGAAACAGCAGUACUUCUUGGCUCCUAUGCUGUGCAAGCUAAGUUUGGAGACUACAACAAAGAUGUGCACAAGCCUGGAUACCUCAAUUCGGAGCGUCUCAUCCCCCAGAGGGUGAUGGACCAGCAUAAACUCUCCAGAGAGCAGUGGGAAGAACGGAUCCAGGUAUGGCACGCUGAACACAGUGGCAUGCUCAAAGAGAAUGCCAUGCUGGAAUACCUGAAGAUUGCUCAAGACCUGGAGAUGUAUGGAAUCAACUAUUUUGAAAUCAAGAAUAAGAAAGGAACUGACCUCUGGCUGGGGGUUGAUGCCUUGGGGCUCAACAUCUAUGAAAAGGAUGAUAAACUGACUCCAAAGAUUGGGUUCCCCUGGAGCGAAAUCAGGAACAUCUCUUUUAAUGACAAGAAGUUUGUUAUAAAGCCUAUUGAUAAGAAAGCACCAGACUUUGUGUUUUAUGCCCCUCGUCUGCGAAUUAACAAGAGAAUCCUGCAGCUCUGCAUGGGCAACCACGAACUGUAUAUGCGGCGCAGGAAGCCUGACACCAUUGAGGUACAACAGAUGAAGGCCCAGGCUCGGGAGGAGAAGCACCAGAAACAGCUGGAAAGGCAGCAACUAGAAAAUGAAAAGAAGAAAAGGGAGACAAUUGAGAGGGAGAAGGAACAAAUGUUGAGGGAGAAGGAGGAACUGCUGGUGAGGCUACAAGAGUAUGAGGUGAAGACUCAGAGAGCAGAGAAAGAGCUCUCGGAUCAGAUCCAAAGAGCCAUUCAGCUGGAGGAGGAAAGGAGACGAGCCCAGGAGGAAGCGGAACGCUUGGAAGCUGAUCGUUUGGCUGUUCUGCAGGCCAAGGAAGAGCUGGAGAGGCAAACUAAGGACCAGAUAAAGAGCCAGGAGCAGCUGGCUACAGAGCUUGCAGAGUAUACAGCCAAGAUUGCACUUCUUGAAGAGGCAAGGAGGCGUAAAGAGAGUGAGGUUGAAGAAUGGCAAAUCAGAGCCAAGGAAGCGCAGGAGGAUCUGGUAAAGACAAAGGAGGAGCUACACCUGGUAAUGACUGCUCCACCCCCACCCCCACCACCUGUCUAUGAGCCAGUGAACUACCAUGUCCAUGACAACUUGCAAGACGAGGGAACCGAGUACUCUGCCUACAGCGCGGAGUUCUCCAGCGAAGGCAUCAAAAAUGACCGCAAUGAGGAGAAACGUAUCACUGAAGCAGAGAAGAAUGAACGCGUGCAGGAGCAGCUGAGGGCACUGACAGAUGAGCUGGCCCAGGCUAGAGAUGAAAGUAAGAGGACCCACAAUGAUAUUAUCCACUCAGAGAACAUGCGGCAGGGACGUGACAAGUACAAGACGCUGCGCCAGAUCCGGCAAGGCAACACCAAGCAGAGAAUUGAUGAGUUUGAGGCGAUGUAACCAUGCUUUUAACAAGCAAGCAGGACUGUGGGAAAGGCAGAUCUUAAUGCUGUGUUCUUGUUUUGUGGUUGUUUUUUUGUUGUUGUGGUGGUUUGUUUUUUUUCGCUGAGGAGGGGU